UUUAAGCGCGGUGCCGCUCUCGGCCGGGGGCGGCGGUAGCGAGGCCACCACAGCCGCUCUCCAGUCCCCUUUUCCCUCCAUGGUUUCGCUUCGCUCUUGUGAGUAACUCGGGCUUUGGGGCUCCGCUCGCGCGUUCCUUCGGGGGGGGAAGAGAAGCCGGCAGGGCCCUCCCUCUCUCCCUCAAGGACUCGCCUUUGGACAGUUCAUUCUCCCGAGGACCGAGCCCCUCCUCUCCCCCCUCCUGCCCCCGGAAAGUUAGUUUGAAGAGGGGGGGGCCGAGAAACGUAGACAUGAAGAGGAGGAUCCACCUGGAGCUGAGGAACCGGACCCCGUCGGAUGUAAAAGAACUUGUCCUGGACAAUUGUAGGUCAGAUGAUGGGAAAAUUGAGGGUUUAACAGCUGCAUUUGUGAAUUUAGAGUUCCUCAGCUUAAUAAAUGUUGGAUUGUCUACAGUUUCAAAUCUCCCUGAACUACCUAAGCUGAAAAAGCUUGAACUCAGUGACAAUAGAAUUUAUGGAGGUCUGGAUGUUUUAGCAGAAAAACUUCCAAAUCUCACGCAUCUAAACCUAAGUGGAAACAAACUGAAAGAUAUCAGCACCUUGGAACCUUUGAAAAAGCUGGAAUAUCUAAAAAGCCUGGACCUGUUUAACUGUGAGGUGACAAACCUGAAUGAUUACCGAGAAAGUGUCUUCACACUCCUUCCACAAUUAACAUACCUUGAUGGCUAUGACCAAGAAGACAAAGAAGCCCCAGACUCUGAUGCCGAAGUAGAUGGAGUAGAUGAUGAAGAGGGAGAAGAUGAAGAAGAUGAGGAAGAUGAAGAUGAAGAAGAUGAAUUUGAUGAAGAAGAUGAUGAUGAAGAAGAUGAUGUAGAAGGAGAUGAUUAUGAAUAUGAUGUCAGUGGAGAGGAAGAAGAAUUUGGACAUGAUGGAGAAGUUGAUGAUGAUGAGGAAGAUGAAGAUGAGGAUGAUGAAGACGAAGAAGAUGAAGAGACUGGGAAAGGUGAAAAAAGGAAGAGAGAAACAGAUGACGAAGGAGAAGGAGAAGAUGAUUAAGACCCCAAAUGAUCUGAAAAAAGAACUGUUCAGUAUUGUGUGGACUGCUCCUAUUGAUUUGGUAGCUGUAAAAAAGAAGUGGUAGCUAUAAUCCAAGCCCCCAGGACACCUAAAGAGCCAAAGAGUAGUUCCUGUGACAUUCUACAUUCCUCCGAUCAAUCCCCAUUGGAUAUCCAAGUUACCAACAAAUUUGGGGAAUUAAUUCCCAACAAAAUAGUCAGAGUUGUUAGGUUUUUUCUUAUAAGACUGUUGCCAUAGCAGGGAGAGCAGCUGUGAUCGGUGAAUCCUGAUUGUUGAUGGCUACCAGUUACACCAAGGUUGUAAUACCAUUUUUACUUUCUGUACAACAAAAGAAGCUUUGUAAAUAAAAUCUUAACAUUUUGGGUCUGUUUUUCAUGCUUUGCUUUUCUUUUCUUUUCUUUUUUUUUUUUUUUUUUUAACCAUUAAUUUUUUUACAUUAGGAUGUUUUAUGUGAUGACUACAGAUAAAUAUUUUUAAGAAUUUCAGUGAAAUAAACAUGUUACUAUUUGGUAAA